AUGGGGGAUGUCCCGGUGCCCCAGGCAGGGCUCUUCCUCCUCUUGCUCAUCAUCUACUUGGUGACUGUGCUUGGGAACAUCCUCUUCGUUGUGCUGGUGGUGGCAGAGCAGUGUCUGCACACUCCCAUGUACUUCUUCCUGGGCAGUCUCUCCUCCUUGGAGACCUUCUACAGCUGCACCAUCCUGCCCUGGCUGCUGGCCAGCUUGCUGACUGGGCGCAGGACCAUCUCUGCUCACGGCUGUGUGGCUCAGUUCUAUUUCUUUGCCGCUUUUGCAACUACUGAAUGUUACCUGCUGGCAGCCAUGUCCUAUGACCGGUGCCUGGCCAUCUGCCAGCCCCUGCUCUACGCAAGCCUCAUGACCUGGAAGGUCUGUCUCCAGCUGGUGGCUGGGUCUUGGCUACUGGGAUUGCUGGUCUCCACAGUACUGACUUCUUUCUUGCCCCAGUUACAGUUCUGUGGCCCCAGGACGAUCGACCACUUCUUCUGUGAUUUUACCCCGUUGCUGGAGCUUGCCUGUGGGCACACCAGCACAGCCACACUUGUGGCUUUCAUCUUUGGCUUCUUGGAUGUGGUCUUCCCCUUCCUGUUCACGCUGGCCUCCUAUGUGUGCAUCAUAGCUGCCAUCCUGAGGAUCCCAUCCAACGUGGGCAGGCAGAAGGCCUUCUCCACCUGCUCCUCUCACCUCACCGUCGUCACCGUUUUCUACGGCUCCCUCUUUGUUGUCUACGUUGUGCCCAGGACAGCCCCGCUGCGGCAGCUCAGCAAAGUGUCCUCCUUCUUCUACACUGUCCUCACGCCCCUGGUCAAUCCCCUUAUCUACAGCCUGAGGAACAGGGAGGUCAGGAGGGCCCUGAGGAAAGGACUCCGGAAAGCCCUGGCCUCCAUCCGGACUUUGUAG